AUUCCCCGACUUUUGGUUCCGGUUCGCAGUGAGGUCCCGACGCGAGACGGGAGCCGUGUUGGCUAAGGUAGGGCACAGUGGGGCCGAUCCCGCGCGCCUUUACCUUGCCCGCGGUUGUUGCCAAGCCGGGUCGCAGAACCCAGCUCCAGCUGACUGCCUCGAGCUGUUCCGUUUCUGCCGGCAGCUCUCGACUCGCUGACCUCAUCAUCAACGCUGCGCCGGGUGAGCCAGCGACCAUACGGAUACCAGCGACCAUUUCGAACCAUAAUCUCACUGCAAGGACAUAAGACUCAUCCUAUUUUGUCAUCUCACUUGCACUUCAACUCUGAGACUCUAUUGUCCCUCUGGAGAUGGCCAAAACACCAGUCAAUUGGUGGCUAUGGACCAAGAUGCUCAUCGUCGGUGGUGGCAUCGCCGUUGGCGGACCGGCGCUCGUAAGAUGGGUCCAACCUACAGAUGAGGAGCUCUUCCAGAAGUACAACCCUGAGCUCCAGAAGCGGAGUCUGGAACGGAGGUUUGAGCGACAACAAGAUUUUGACGACUUUGUUACGAAACUCAAGGAGUACUCAAAAUCUGACAAGCCGAUCUGGCUGGUCCAGGCCGAGGCAGAGAAAGAGCGGACAAAGCAAGCCUCUGUUGCUGAGUCCUUGAAGCUAGCAGAAGAGAUGAAGGCCAGGCGAGAAGCCAUGAGGAGAGAGGCCGGGUUACCGGUGCAAGCUUCCUCUUCGGCCGAGGGAAAUGGGGCACACUCUGAAAAUGCGGCCAAGUGACUGGCCGGCUGUAUGAAGUGAGUGAAUUGGUUUGUAUAACAGGCACAUGGCAGUCUCACCUCAAGUAUUUGGGUAAUAGGAGGUAGGCGGGUUGGGUAAGAGCCCGGCGUGUCAAUGGCGACUGAGGACCCUGGUUGACAUGUCGGCGUUCUGGCGCAUACGGGGCA